GGCAGGAGCGAUGGCCGGGGUCUGGAGCCCGCGGCCACCGCCGCCUCAAGUAGUGUAUCGGGUGCAGCCGCGGCCAGAGCCGGAGCAGGGGUGGGAGUCGCGGCUGGAGCGGGUUCGGCGCGUGUGAGUUGCCGAGAGGUGCCAUAACACCUCAAACUGGGCGGGAGUGCUUUCGGUGGCCCGAGCCGCCGUCCUCAACACCGCGCCCCCGGGCCGACUACGGGGCUGGGGUCUCCCCGGGCACGGGACUGGCUCCUCUCAGUUCGAGCCUUCCGAGCCAGUCUGGGUCUUUCUCGGUCUCGGGCUCCCUUCAGACUUGGACGGAGGCCGGAGAACGGUGAUCGUCCCAGACAGACCCCAGCAGGCUUCCCGGCCCGGGCAUUUUCUCGACGGCCCGGCAGUGUUGGGGUGGUAGUGGCUGGAAGCCCCUCCUGCUGCCGCCUCUUCAGCCAGGAGGGGACUAGCGUGUUCUUGCCCUGCACCUCCCCCUCUCUUCCCAUUCACGAACAAGUUUCUCCUGCCUCUCCACUGGAAAUCCUGCUCCAGAGGUCCAAAACAUUGUCCUGUGUGUCCUUUCCCAGCUCCUGGAACACCCUUAGAAAUAUUGCCUAUUUAUCGGGGUUGAGAAUCUUUCGUUCUUGACUUGGAUUUUUUUCCCUCUUUAGGAGAUAAAGGUUGCCCCUCUUUCCACCCUUUUAUCUGACACUGCAUGCCCAGGACCUUAUCCAUUUGGAUCACCAGCUCCGUGGCCAUCUCUGUGACUUCCCCCACCCAUCUGAGUUCCGGUUUCCUCUGGGCUCCAAUCUCCAGCCCCCCAGUAGAUCUGGUCAGUCCCACCUCUAGGUGGGAGUGACCAGGGGGCUCUGGCCCAGGAUUCCCCACCCUGGAAGGCAAUUCCAAGGCAGCAAGAGAAUUGGGUGUGGGAUACGAACCUGGCAGCUCAGGAGUGGGGGCUCCACUCACCCCACACAAGAAGAUGAAAAAGCGUAAAGAGCUCAAUGCAUUGAUCGGCUUGGCUGGGGACAGCCGGAGAAAGAAGCCCAAGAAAGGCUCAAGCAGCCACCGCCUGCUUCGCACUGAACCUCCUGACUCAGACUCGGAGUCCAGCUCAGAGGAGGAAGAGGAAUUUGGCAUAACUGGAAAUCGCUCUCGCUUUGUCAAAGGAGAAUAUUUACGAUGCUGCAAGAUCUGUUAUCCCCUCUGUGGUUUUGUCAUCCUCGCUGCCUGUGUUGUGGCCUGUGUUGGCUUGGUGUGGAUGCAAGUUGCUCUCAAGGAGGAUCUGGACACCCUCAAGGAAAAAUUUAGAACAAUGGAAUCUAAUCAGAAAAGUUCAUUCCAAGAAAUCCCCAAACUUAAUGAAGAGCUACUCAGCAAACAAAAACAGCUUGAAAUGAUUGAAUCUGGAGAGCUGGGCUUGAACAAAGUCUGGAUAAACAUCACAGAAAUGAAUAAGCAGAUUUCUCUGUUGACUUCUGCAGUAAACCACCUCAAAGCCAAUGUUAAGUCAGCUGCAGACUUGAUCAGCCUGCCUGUCACUGUAGAGGGACUUCAAAAGAGUGUAGCUUCCAUUGGCAAUACUUUAAACAGUGUCCAUCUUGCUGUGGAGGCAAUACAGAAAACUGUGGAUGAACAUAAGAAAACCCUGGAAUUACUGCAGAGUGACAUGAAUCAGCACUUCUUGAAAGAGACCAGUGGUAGCAACCAGAUCUUUCCAUCACCUUCAACCACAUCAGAACUUGACAAUAAAACCCACAAUGAGAAUCUGAAACAGGAUAUCCUAUACCUUCACAACUCUUUAGAGGAGGUAAACAGUGCCCUAGUGGAGUACCAGAGACAGAAUGAUCUUAAACUCGAGGGGAUGAAUGAGACAGUCAGUAAUCUUACCCAGAGAGUCAACCUGAUAGAAAAUGAUGUGGUUGCUAUAAGCAAGGUAGAAAAGAAAGCAAACCUGUCCUUGAGCAUGAUGGGUGAUAGAGCUACCACUCUAAAAAGAGAGUCUUUGGAUCAAGUGACCAACAGAACAGAUACAGUAAAAACCCAAAGCAUGAAGAAAGAAGAUAGUUCAAAUUCUCAGGUAUCCAAGCUAAGAGAGAAACUCCAGCUGAUCAGUGCUCUCACAAACAAGCCUGAGAGCAACAGGCCUCCAGAGACCGCUGAUGCAGAGCAAGUACAGAGUUUCACAUCAAAGCCAUCGGCGUUGCCAAAAUUUUCACAUUUUCUUGGAAACCCAAUUGAGAAAGCUGCCCAACUAAGACCUAUCUCCCUACCAGGAAUUUCUAGCAUUGAAGAUCUUCAGGAUUUAUUUCACAAGACUGGCCAGGACGUGGAUGGGAAGCUGACCUACCAGGAAAUCUGGAACUCCCUAGGUUCUGCUGUGCCAGAACCAGAAAACUUGAGAGCAUUUGAUUCCAACGGAGAUGGAAGAUACUCAUUCCUGGAGCUAAGGGUAGCUUUAGGUGUCUAGCCUCAUCAGGCAUAAAUUAGAAAUGAAUAUAUCUCUUGGACUGCCUAAUAUCUACUGACCUAACAAAAACAACCCUUACUUACCCAGCAGUCCUUUAGUCCUCCAAACUACUGUAGCAGACACAUUGCCACUUUUUAACUUGUUUGAAGAAGCUAUAUAAAGUUAUUUUUUUAAAAAAAGAAGACCAUUUUACUUAUAAUAUGAUGUUCAGAAAUCUGUGAUUUCCUGAAACCAGUAAGAACUUACAUUUUAAAAUUGCAAGAAAUGAGUAAAACCCUCUUUUUUUCUCUUUCCUUUUUUUUUUUUUUUUUUUUUGAGGGAGGAGACCUUAUCUUUUAAAACUGGAAAAUGUAUAUAUAGAGAGAAUAAGCCACCUUUUAUAUUUCACAUAAAUUUGCCUUAAAUUAGCUGCACUUUAUAGAGACUCAGAAAAUGUCUUUUCUUUAAAAGAUAGGCGUUUUCUGUUUGUAAAUAUUUAAAAUGAAAGAAAUAAUUGUGCAUAUUGUGUGGAAAGUAGGAAGAACAGUUUUGAACAGAAUGUGAGCAAAUGACUUGUUAUUAAAAAUUGAUGAUCUGACCUGGGUAGCAGCUGAAAGUGUGUCCACAUCUCCUUAAGGCAUCCUUCAAAGACCCAAAUGCUGCCAUGGGGUUUGGCCUGGUAGCUAGGGGAAUAGAUUCGGAGAGUAGACACUUUGGAGACAGUCCCAACUCCAGGCUCAGGAAGGUAGAAUUCUAAUUCUUUGUUCCUAUUCCCUUAGUGAAUUCCAACCUGGGAAUCAUAGAAGUCGCAUUGGGUAGUCUUUUCAUUUUUAAACCUAUUUCAGGGUGUAUAAGCAUAAAAAGUUAUCCAGUGUGAAGCUACAUUCCUCACCUGAGUGAGGUAGGUUGUCUUCUCCCACCCACCCACUCAAGUCUGUCUUAAAGCUAUAGCUGGCUCCCAACUCCAGUUCAGUCUCCAUUCUGAAUUUUAGCAGGGCUAAAGUCACUGUCUCAGACUGACCAUCCAGAGCUUUAGAGGAAAGCUAUGCCUCUAAUUUUGACCCAGGAAACUAUAUAUACCCCCUGAGAUUUUACCUGAGGGCUAAGAACCUGGUAUGUUUCUCAGGACUGAGGCCAAAAGUAUUGUGAGAUAAAAUAUGUGAAAUCAUAUUUGGUUUCCUUAUCAAUUCAGAAGUAGCUAGAGGCUUUCUGUCCAGAGGAUGCCAAACUGUAGUGGGGCAGGCCUUGAGCAGAGGCCUUCACAUGGUUGUAGCAAACUUUUCAUAUCUAAUACGAGCAAGGGCAAUACUCUCUUUAACUAUUUCUAUGGACCUGGGACAAAGUAAUAAUACCUCUAUGUCACCUGUAUGUUAAGCCUAGAUUUGCUGUGUUGUUGCUAAAAGCAGUCUUUGGGCAACACAAAAGGAAAAAACUACAGAACUUCAUUUUUCUGUAGGCCAAGUCAGGGAGAAACCAGAGAAGCUUUCAUGGCAUAGACUCCUUUAAGUGGAGAUUAUUUCCUUUUUACUUUGUUCAAGUUACCCUGUCAUUCAUGGAUACAAUCCAGUACCCUUAAACAUUUAAGGGCUGGGCCUUAUUCUUUAUAUGAUGUCCAGCUUGGUGUUGGCUAACCUUUUUUUUCCUGGAAGUAUUAAAAUUUAGUUAAAGAAAGAUGAAGUCUUUUCUCAUGAAUGUGUCUGCUUAUCUCAUUAUGGCUUAUGCUUCUUUUUUUCCUUAACAUUUUUCUUGCCCAUUUGAGCUAUUAAUAUUUCACUUUCUUGGAAAGGUUAAAGUAUAGUAUAAAUUAGCUUGGCACUUUAGGUAACUUGAAGAUGACUCUUACUCUUCUGGCUGCCUUCCAUUUUCCCCUCCCCCCCUUUUUUAAUAUAUAUACCCUUACAGAUUUUGUAACAACCAAAUAAAAUUCUAGCAAUAAAUUGAAUUAUACUGCUAUAUUUGUAUAUACUGUACCAUAAAUAGUAUGUCUGUAUCUGGAAGGUAUUUUUUUGAGAACUGAUUUAUAUGAAAUAUACUUGAGGGUAAUGUAGCUUGUCUUUUUUAGUUUCAAAUUCUUAUUCAUAGGCAGAUGCUUUGAAGACACCUUAACUCUUUGUUGUGUGUACUUUUCCUUUGCAUCAGAUAGCUAUAUGUGCAGAAAUCAGUUUUGUUUUUUAGUUUACCUUUUUCUCCUCCUACCUCAAGCUUGUCUCACUAGCAUCCACCCUGAGCCAGUGUAUAGUAACAUCUUCUCCCCCUGCCAAGUUUGGCAGAGGUGUUCGUGCUGCAUGCUCAGACUUAUGAAUACCGUGGUCAUCCUGCCUGAGAAAGUACCAUAUCUCCCAGACAGAAGUAGGGUAUCUUGAACUCCUUUGUUCUAAGUUGAACAGACUCCCUGGCUUAAGAAAAGAGUCUCGUAAACCUGUUAUUUAGUGUUAAUUUGGGAUUUUUAUUUGUAUGUUGUCUUAACUUACUCAGCCUGUGACCUGUGUUCAUGUGUAGUCAAGCCUCACUAGCCACAUCUCAGCUCUUAGAGGAAGAUUGGAUAGUGGAAGUGAGUUUGGUUUUAGUUUUGAUUUUAAAUUCUUUGACCUUUCCAGUCUGGCAGCUCCUACUGCUUCUUUCCUAAGUUAUCCAAAGCACUGCUUCUUGAUCCUUUUUUUCCCUUGCAUUGUACUGUGAGAUAUAAUGUUUACUAAAAGGGCCUUCUCAUAAAUCAGAGAGGCAAAAAAAUAGUGUAGAAAGAAGAGAACCAAAAGAAGAAAGUACCUGACUUCAAGAUGACUGCAGUGUCAUCUAAAAGGCAGAGAAGUGCCUGGCGCUCAGGAAUGUGUCUGAUGCAACAGAGCUGAAGAGUGGCUGCCCUUCACCUGCUGCUGGCCAUUUUUCCUUCCAUUGGAGUUUUCUUUACGGUUGCUGUACAUAACCCCUUCAGCACUUCCUCCCCCGCCUCCAUACUCAGUCUUGCUGUCCUGCAGGUCACAGUUGAAGGUUUGACUGUGAUGGGCUCAUACUUAUAAUGGCCUGUUGAGUUGUUUUUAGAGACAGGUUUUGUUUGCUGCACACCUCAUUGGCUUGCUUACCAAAACACCAUCUAGAUGUGGUCCCUUUUUCAUAUCCAAACCAGAACACAUUUGGGUAUUCCUGAGACUUUAUAGAGCGUGUAUUGUUUGUUAUACGAACCUAACCUACCUUGUUGUUUUCCCAUAUUAGAAAUUUAAAUCUACUUUGUUUUAGUGGAGCUAUUCUGUAAUGUAUAAGCAAUUUUGGUACUGUUUAGGGAAUGAAUUCAAGGUUUCCAUGACUUGAUUUGAACUUUGCUUAUUUCACAUCACUAACACGGCCAUGUUAAAUUAUCUAAAUAAAACAUUUCCUUUUUCUCUCA